GUAGUAUUGUGCCUUUUGUCUUCCUCCAAGGAGACACUUGUUUAAAACAUGAUCUAAAAUCAAUCCGUUGCUACUGCGAGUUUCUCGCCCGAGCCUCUAGCUAUGUAUUCAAUACACAGAAGUUAAAGAAAACCUAAUCUUUGUUGAUGAAUUUUAUGGCGUCGAAAAUCGAUAUCCUUGACGCUUUACACUCCAAAAAAAAUCUGCUUUCGUGCAUUAGGGCGAAUUCCAGUCUCCGUUCCUUUGACAGGAAAUGAAAAAAAAACGAAAACGAGAAAAUUGUUUAACUUGUUUCAACAAACCAGCAAUCUCAGCAAUGCCCAAAGCACCCAACAAAAAAGUCAAAAACACCGAUAUCCUCACAGCCGGCUCGAAAGCCUAUGCAAAGAAACGGAAAAUAAAGAAAGAAAGAGUGGAACGAGUUGAUUUUGAUCCUGAAUCAAGAAAAGAAUAUCUGACGGGAUUCCAUAAACGUAAAGUGGAACGAAAAAAGAAAGCACAAGAAAACUGGCAAGAACGGUUACGACAGGAAAAGAUUCGAGAUAGAGCAGCACUUAAAGCAGAACGAAAGCGGCAAUUGGAAGAACGGCUUGCCCAUAUGCAAGCCGCAUUAAAUGGUGGUUUAUCAGAUAACGAGGGUGGGGACCAAGAAGAAACUGUAUUCACUGACAGCGAGGAAACAAAGGAAGAAAGCUCUAAAAAAGAAGCAGAAGUCAAGGAGUUCAAAUCCGCCUCAGCGUUGACAACUGUUACAGUUAUCGAAGACAUGGAUGAUUGGAACAACGACGAUUAAAAUGCACAAAUUUACAUAUUAUAUACAUCACCUUUUAUCUUUUUCACUCUCAUUUCCUACUGUACGCAUAUACAAUAUACUCAUUUUUUAUUAGAAUAAGCUGAUUCUUUUUAAAUCAAUUGGAUUUAUGUAUCCAGGCACGA